UUAUUUAAUUUUAAAACAUGUAUUUCUUCCACAGUUUACCUUCUCUUUCGUGGAAAAGAAGGAACAGGGUUGCGGCGAGAACCCUAGCGAGGCGGAGGACGCCAGAGGCGGUGGACUACGGCGGUAAGAUGGACGUUGUGAAGGCGCAGCAGAUGUCCUGGAGGGUGGUGGAGAAGGUCAUCGUGCACCCCCUCGUGCUGCUCAGUAUCGUCGACAACUACAACCGCGUCGCCCGCGACACCCGCAAGCGCGUCGUCGGCGUCCUACUUGGAUCCUCGUCCAAGGGCACGGUCGACGUCACCAAUUCCUACGCAGUGCCUUUUGAAGAGGAUGAGAGAGAUCCAAACAUUUGGUUUCUCGAUCACAAUUACCAUGAGGCAAUGUUUUCUAUGUUUAAGAGAAUAAAUGCCAAGGAGAAUGUUGUAGGAUGGUAUAGCACAGGGCCCAAGCUGCGGGAAAAUGAUUUGGAUAUCCACGCUUUGUUUACUGAUUAUGUUUUAAAUCCUGUCUUGGUAAUCAUCGAUGUGCAACCUAAAGAGCUUGGUAUACCUACCAAAGCAUAUUAUGCUGUCGAAGAAGUCAAAGAGAAUGCCACACAGAAAAGCCAGAAGGUGUUUGUGCAUGUCCCUUCAGAAAUUGCUGCUCAUGAAGUUGAGGAAAUCGGAGUGGAACACUUGCUGAGAGAUGUCAAGGAUACAACAAUAAGUACGCUAGCAACUGAGGUCACAGGCAAACUUGCAGCACUGAAGGGGCUCGAUGCAAGGUUACAUGAGAUACGUGGUUAUCUAGAACUUGUUAUCGAUGGGAAGUUACCUCUGAAUCAUGAGAUAUUAUACAACUUGCAGGACAUAUUCAAUCUACUUCCGAAUCUUAAUGUGAACGAGUUGAUCAAGGCAUUUGCAGUGAAAACAAAUGACAUGAUGCUGGUUAUAUACCUUUCUUCCCUCAUCCGAAGUGUUAUUGCACUUCACAAUUUGAUAAACAACAAAAUGCUCAACAAGGAACAUGAGAAAGCUGAAGACUCCAGACCCUCUGCGACAACUACCGUGAACUAGGAUUCUUUUGGCUUUGCCUGGCCUGGCCUUCCUGAUCGAUCUAAUGUUCAUCCUCUGUUGGCGUUGCAUUUGCAUUAGAGCGUUUCAGAAGUGUUUUGGAAACAAAUUGGAUACGAGCUACUUUGGAAAUGCCUAUGCACACUCUGAAACAAGUUCAUUCGGUUUGUAGUUUUUUAAACUUCCAAAACUGUAUGGCUACUUUCUGGUGGGUGGCCUCGGUGCGUCACCAAUCGAGACGUGGAGUACGUUGUGAGAAUUUUGAUUUGUUUUUUAAACCCUAAAGCCCUCCCAAUAAACUUUUGGUAGACAA